CCGCCUCCGCCUCCUCCCCUCCCCCGCGCUCGGGAAUAAAUCCGGGAAGGACCGAGCCUGGCGCGCCAGAGCGAGCGGAGAAGCUGUUCCAAAAGUAGCCCUGAUGGCGGCGGAUCGGAUGCAGCCGGAGCUGCCGCGGGAGUAGCGGCGAGUCUGAGUAUCUCCCUGGAUCCCCCGCUCCACCCACCGAUCUCAAUCGGUCUCCUCCCCACCCCCAGCUCCGCUCCCUGCUGCUGUGCCCAUCGCUGGGCGGCUCCUCGGAGAAAGGGCGGGGGGCGGCAUUUUAAAAAGCAAAACAAGCCCCCACUCAUUUAAUUUCAUUAUUUGUUCCGUCUCCGUGACUGGGGGGGAUCGAUCUUCGAUCAGGAAGAUGGCUGCUAGCUGGCUGCUAGUCUUUAGUCUGACACUUUUCCAGUCCCUAGUGAUGAACCUGUCCUCGGAAGGACCCUUCCCCUCUGCCACAACAAUAAAGUCAUGGGUGGAUAAAAUGCAAGUCGAUCUUGUAACGUUGGCAAGAAGCGCAAGUGGGGUGGACGAGCUUGCCAAGAUUUAUACGAAAUACAGCGAUCUGUAUACGGUGGAAGCCAACAAUGCACGUGACUUGGUGGAAAUUGCAGCUAGCAAUAUUGAAAAACUACUGAGUAACAGAUCAAAAGCCCUGGUGAACCUUGCAAAAGAAGCAGAGACAUUUCAAGCAGCACAUCAGUGGAGGGAUGAGUUUGGGAAUAAUGAAAUCAUCUAUUACAAUGCAAAAGAUGAUCAGAACGAUUCUGAAAAGAAUGAGACUGAAACUGGAAGCCAGAAAAUCAGACCAGUGUUUGAAGAUGAUGCUGUUUUUGGGCGACAGAUAUCUUACCAGCAUGCAGCAGUCCACAUACCAACAGAUAUCUAUGAAGGCUCUACAAUAGUGUUAAAUGAACUCAACUGGACUGGAGCAUUGGAUGAGGUAUUCAAAAAGAACAGAGAAGAAGACCCAACUUUGUUAUGGCAGGUUUUUGGCAGUGCGACUGGCCUCGCCAGGUAUUAUCCAGCCUCUCCAUGGGUAGAUAAAAGCCGAACUCCAAACAAGAUAGAUCUAUAUGAUGUUCGCAGAAGACCAUGGUACAUCCAAGGAGCUGCAUCUCCAAAAGACAUGCUUAUUUUAGUUGAUGCGAGUGGGAGUGUUAGUGGACUGACGCUGAAGUUGAUCCGAACCUCCGUCAUUGAGAUGCUAGAAACAUUGUCAGAUGAUGAUUUCGUGAAUGUAGUUUCAUUUAACAAUAAUGCUCAGAACGUCAGUUGCUUUAAUCAUCUUGUCCAAGCUAAUGUGAGGAACAAGAAGAAACUGAAAGAGGCAGUCUACAAAAUCUCAGCUAAAGGAAUCACUGACUACAAGAAAGGCUUUAUCUAUGCUUUUCAACAGCUGCAAAAUCACAGUGGCUCUAGAGCUAAUUGCAAUAAGAUCAUUAUGUUGUUUACUGAUGGUGGUGAAGAAAGAGCACAAGAGAUUUUCAACACAUACAACAAAGACAAAAAAGUACGUGUAUUCACAUUUUCUGUUGGUCAACAUAAUUAUGACAAAGGACCCAUACAAUGGAUGGCCUGCCAAAAUAAAGGGUACUAUUAUGAAAUUCCUUCCAUUGGAGCGAUAAGAAUAAACACACAGGAAUAUUUGGACGUUUUGGGGAGACCGAUGGUUUUAGCUGGAGAUAAAGCAAAACAAGUCCAGUGGACCAAUGUGUAUUUGGAUGCACUGGAACUGGGCCUUGUCAUUACCGGGACUCUGCCUGUCUUUAAUCGAACAGUAGACCAACAAGGGAACAAGAACCAGCUGAUUCUUGGAGUUAUGGGAGUUGAUGUCUCUUUGGAGGACAUAAAAAAACUGACACCACGGUUUACAUUGUGCCCAAAUGGUUACUAUUUUGCAAUUGACCCUAAUGGUUAUGUUUUGCUUCAUCCAGAUCUUAAACCAAAGCAUAUUGGUGUGGGCAUACCAAAAGUUAAUGUGAGAAAAAGGAGACCCAAUGUCCAGAAUCGUAAAUCUCAGGAGCCUGUUACACUGGAUUUUCUGGAUGCUGAGCUAGAAAAUGAUAUUAAGGUUGAGAUUCGGAAAAAAAUGAUAGAUGGAGAAAGUGGGGAAAGAACAUUUAAAACAUUGGUCAAGUCUCAAGAUGAGAGGUAUAUUGACAAAGGAAAUCGAACGUAUACAUGGACCGCUGUGAAUGGCACAGAUUACAGUUUGGCCUUGGUAUUACCAUCUUACAGCUUUUACUACAUUAAAGCCAAAAUAGAAGAACCAAUAACUCAGGCCAGAUUCAAAAAGGAUUCAGAAACUCUAAAGAUUGAUCACUUUGAUGAAGCUGGCUAUACCUUUAUAGCACCAAGAGAAUACUGUAAUGAUGUAAAAGUAUCAGUCAACAACACUGAUUUUCUUUUAAAUUUCAAUGAGUUUAUUGAUCGAAAUACCCCAAACAGCCCUUCAUGUAAUACUGAUAUGGUCAUUAGAGUUUUGCUGGAUGCAGGAUUUACAAAUGAACUAGUCCAGAAUUAUUGGAGUAAACAAUCUCUCAAUGGAGUUGUUGCACAAUUUGUGGUUACGGACGGUGGAAUCACUAGAGUUUACCCUAAAAGGGCAGGAGAUGAUUGGACAGAAAAUCCUGAAACUUAUGAAGUCAGUUUCUAUAAACGGAGCUUGGAUAAUGACAACUAUAUCUUCACAGCUCCAUACUACAACAAAAGUGAUGCCAGUAGCUAUGAAACAGGCAUUAUGGUGAGCAAGGCUGUGGAAAUAACCAUUGGUGGAAAACUUCUUAAACCUGCAGUUGUUGGAAUAAAAAUUGAUGCAAUCAGCUGGAUGGAAAAUUUCACCAAAACCACAACCAAGAGCCUGUGCAACAGUGAACUUUGUGGCUGUGAAAGAAACAGUAUGCACCUGGAUUGUGUUGUUCUUGAUGACGGUGGAUUUCUUUUGAUGUCAAAUCAGGAUGAAUAUACCCAACAGAUUGGACGAUUCUUUGGUGAGAUUGACCCUGACCUGAUGCGAAACCUCAUUAACAUGUCCUUGUAUGCCUUUAACAAGUCUUACGACUAUCAAUCUGUGUGUGAUCCCGAAGAAGAACCAAAGCAAGGAGCUGGUCUUCGUUCUGUAUACGUGCCUACAGUAGCAGAUAUUUUGCAUGUCGGAUGGUGGGCCUCUGCAGCCGCCUGGUCUAUCUUGCAACAGCUGUUUUUGGGCCUGACUUUUCCACGUUUCCUCGAGGCAGCGGAAGCAGAUGAUGACGAUUACGCUACUAUCCUAUCCAAACAGAGCUGCAUUACUGAACAAACUCAGUAUUUCUUUGAAAAUGAUGAUAAAUCCUUUGGUGGGAUCGUAGAUUGUAUAAACUGUUCCAGACUUUAUCAUGCAGAAAAGCUUUCACACACCAAUCUAGUAUUUAUAAUUAGUGACAGCCAACGGAUGUGCCGCUCCUGUGACCCAAAGCCAUUGAUGCAAGCAGAAAAGCCGGAUGAAGGGCCAAACCCUUGUGAAAUGGUGAAGCAGCCCAGAUACAGAAAGGGGCCUGAUGUCUGCUUUGAUAACGACAAGGGGGAUCAGCCUAUAUGCACAACGAGUCGUGCCUCUGCCAUGAUGUCCGCUCCUAUCUUCAUUUUUCUGCAAGUUUUCAUAUGGUGUGGAUGGAAGAUUCGUCAGACUGUGGUGGGGUCUCUGGACUGAGCCCAUCACUCUGGUCUCUGAUAGGAAUCCAGUUUGUCCUGCUUUGGCUGUUAUCUGGCAGCAGACAUUGCCAGUUAUGACCCUGUGAAACCAAAACCUGCAUAACUAAUCAAGACCCUGCCAAAACGUUAGCCCUCAGUUUCAUUGUCAAAGGGUCAGCUAUUCAGGCAGCAGAAGAACAGCAAUGCCCAUAACUUGGUAUCAGUCUAUGUGAACGAUUUAUAAAGGCACCCACAGUGGCUGCAUGUUGGAGUGUCAGAUCGUUAAACAUGUGUGAAUGCUGCAUCAUCUCUGCCAUCAGAACAGAAUUCUAUAUGUGCUUUAUUGAGGAAUCUAAGAUUUUUGUGUUCAUUGUUGUAUCGUUGAUGACUUCAUGUAAAAGGGCUCCCCUUAAAAUAGCGUAUGUAUGAUAUGAUUUCCAUUUAUUUUGAUCUUAGCAUUGAAUUUGUUGCAGACCCUAUAUGCUUUUACAUGAACACUUGUGAAAUCAUAUUUCUUUAACCCUCCUCUUUUAUUGUAUUAAUACCAUUACAGCUGCUUUGAACAUCAGUUGUGUCCAGAAUAUAAAUAGUUGGCAGACUUCAGUUUGUACAAAACAGCUUAGUGAAUUGAAAAUAUUGGCUAGUCUUCUCCAGAAGUUCACCAUGACUGAAAUGCCUUACAAUGAGUGGUUUAUUCUGCCAAAAUUAAUCAAAACAGGUGGCUAGCAAAGUUUUGGUAGGUUCAUAAACUGUUGGUUUUAAAAUAAAAUAAAACAAAAAAGCAAGAAAGAAGCUAAUGAAUUUUGAAAUAUAAAGGUGUUUGACAGUUUGAUAUUUUAUCUAACCGAGUGAUUUUCCUCCUGAACUCAGUGUCAUGUCCCUUUCAGAAAGCUGUUAAUUUCCAUGUAAUGAUCAGUGCUCUCUUCACAGUGCAGUUACGUAACGCUAGCCAAAUCCUUCAAAAUGCUCAAACGAAAAAGCUUGUGAAUACAAAAUGUCUUUGUGAUUAUUGAAUGUUGGUUUCCAAGGGUAUUUUGCAUGAUGAUGCUGCUACUUUAUUGUUUUAAAGUUUGUUUUCUUGAAUGGUAGAGUAUAGUCCAUUGAAAAGGUAACUGAGUGAUUCUUUUGUUGUGUGAGAAACUGAACACUGCAAUGUGAUGCAAUUAAAUAAUCUUAAAGUAUAUUGUUAAACAGAGCUCUGAAUAUACUGUGCAAUGACAAAGCUAAGAAAGUAGCGUAAAUUUCGUUGGCUGGACAAAAGGGAUGAGAUGGAUUUUAUACAGAUUAGUGCUCUCACAUGAAAACCUAUGUACAGAUAUUUUAAGUAUAUAAAAAUCAGAUUUGACACAUUUAUUUUUGAAGAGUAUAUGUUGUUCUGAGAUUCAUGCCAGGUUCCCCUUUUGUUUUCAUGACACGGUAGCACCCCUUAAUGUUUAAACUCCUACUAUUGCUAUUUUAUAUCGAAUAUAGCAAGCUUAGUAGAGCAAGAUUUCCUGGCUGCUGAAAUUAGAACGAAAUCUGAACAAAUGGGGAGCCUUGAAUCUAUAUGUAUGCACAUUGAUACUUGAUUGUGAAUAACAAUAAAAACAAUUGUUUUAUACAAACUUGUUGGUGAUACAAAUUGGUGCAGUAAAUUAUAAUAUUACACUGUAGAAUAGUGUACAUGCAAAAUAUGAUUUGCGCUUUUUUCUAGUUUUCAGAACUAAACAGUAUUGCAAGACAGCUAAACCAAUGAAUGUGCAACUCUGCUGACAUUGUGCAAUUCUGCUAACAGCUGCAAUAUGCUAAUAUUUACAUGGUACAAUACAUUUGUUCUUUAAAAAAUGAAAAUGCAAAGCGUUGGUAUGUAUAUGCUGGCAAAUGACUACUAUAAUCUUGAACAUGUCAAAAGCUUACAGAAAUUAUUAGGCAUGCCUCAAUAUGCCAUGAAAAUUGAAGAAGCCACUCAAACCUAUGGCAUGGCUUACAAGAUGAAAUGACUACAUGUAGCUGUGCCUAUGAUUGGUUGUUGUUUUUUUCAUAUUACCCUUGGUUCCAGCUGUGUAUGUUCCCAUGUUUAGGAUUACAGUGCUGGGGAAAAUAAAAAAAACCUAUUAUUUAAUUAUCAUAAUUAACUGUUUAAUAUCUCUAAGAAAUUCAUUUGAUUAAAAGUACAAUUAACUGAGUUGGGUGUAUCCAGUUCUCUAGUGAAAAGGAGCUGAUUUCAGCAGCAUGGGAUGAGGAUAAGUGGGGAAUUUUCCCCGCCAGUAGUGUUGCUGGUAGGGCUGUCAAUUGAUUAAAAAAAUUAAUCACUAUUAAUCACAUGAUAAAAAAAAAUAAUUGUGAUUAAUUGCACUGUUAAUUAUAGAAUAGGAUUUAUUGAAAUAUAUUUGGAUGUUGUCUACAUUUUCAAAUAUAUUGAUUUCAAUUACA